AUGCGUGUUUAUCACCCACCACCUCAACCUGCCCCUGCAGACAAUAUUUUCAUGCAUCAGGCUGGUGAACCUCCAAACAUGGGUCCAAACCAUCCCAAUAACCAGCUUCCUGGCUUUAGUGCUGCCUUUGGUGGGUUUGAAUCUCGCAUGAUCCCCCAGGGUCCUGCCCAGCCAGCCAAAAAGAUCACAGGGAGCCGUUGCAUGAGCACUGUCAUUCCGACUGCCAAAGCCAAAGGCAAGGCACAUGCCAUUGACAAUACUGCCCCACUGGUAAACUGCAAGUGGAAGACCCCAUCUGCACCUCCCACUUCCUCUGACUCAUCCAAGAAAUGUGGCCAUCAACAGGGAGCACCAAAUUAUAAUGAAGAUGAAAUUGAUGCUCUCCUCGAUGCCUGCAAAUCGUGUUUGCCUGUGGGUGUGAAGAGUUGGAAUGUUGUUGAAGCAAUCUUUGCACAGUGGGUGAAUGACAAUGACUGUCCAGCUCACUUGUCCAAGUCCCUCAAACUCAAAUUCAAGCAAAAAGCUGGAACUCGUGAUCUUGACGAUGAAGAACUUGCUGAUGAAGUUGUUGAAAUCUCAGAUGAUGAUGAUGAUGACAUGACAGUGUCAGUCCUUUCCAAGACCAAGCCAACUCAGAUCAAGCUUGAGGUCCAAGAGCCUUGUCUUGGCCCCACUGCUUGCUGUGCAACAUCCCCUGUCGUUUCUUGUCCCCCUCGCACAUCACACAGUGCAGGGGUUGACCUUCUGACAACCAUCUCUGCAUCACUCAAUCCUUGCCUUCAGGCUGUCCGAGAUGAAGAGCGUUCGGCACAUGCCAUUCAGUCCAUGCAGGUCAUGUCUCUGACCACUCAGCUGCGUGAUGCACAUGCAACCAUUAAUAAUCUUCAUGGCCAGCUUGCACAAGUUGAACAGGAAUGUGCUAACACUGAAUAUCAUGUGGACCGUGUUGAGACCAGCAAUCUGCUCCCUGGGGCAUUGAGUCAACAUUGA